AUGAGUAAGCGUGGGAUUGGACCAGGCGAGACACAAGAUACGGAGACUGAUACUAGAUUGGAGGUGGCAAGAAAGACGGCUCGUAUGAACACCCAUGAGAACAGUGAUCAAGAGAUAGAAAUGGAUGAACAAGCAGGACCAAGCAACUCACACAGCUGGAAAGGACGACUCAGAAAUAGCAAGUCUCGUGAUAUUUCUACUACUGCACCAUCCAAAAUCUCGUCGAAGGCAGCGGCCAAAGUUUCAAAGGUGCCAUCUUCAAGGGCGACAUCUUCGGACGGACCAUCUACUGCAUCAAAGGCUACUUCAACGUCAAGAAACAAGAAAAAGAAGAACACCCCUGCCAAAUCCACAAUCGCUCUUAGUAAUGAGAAAAAGGAUCCAAGUGUGAAGGAUCAAAGUGUAGAUAACAUGGAAAUUACAGAAGAAGAGGAGCCAGAGGAGGAACUCGACCCAGAAAUGGUCAAAGCGGCCAUCGAAUGGAACAAUCAGAGAGAUCGGGAGAGUGACAUGGCCGUCUACAUGGAUAGAUUUGAGAAAUAUGAAGUCGCCUCUAUUCUCAAGGAGCAUUUCCCAACGAAGGUUCCAGAUAUUAUAACUGAAGGAUUCAGCACCAGGAAUGUGUCUAUUGAAGCACUCGCUUUGGCCAAAGCUCUUAUCAACAAAGCCACACUGCUGCACCUCGCUCACCUUCCAAGCUUGAGCGCCAAGUUUCAGAAGCCACCAGCUUGCUCCCCACAAGUCCUUGCCUACUUGACCUAUCUAUCAGCUAAAAUUGCUGAACCAUCACUAUCACCAAAACACUUGGAGGAAACCAUGAAGCUAUUCAGUGAUUUCGAGCCUACAUAUGGUCCUUUGGUUCUGUUGGACAUUCUACAGGAUGAGAUUGGUCACCUUCGGUUUAUCACUGAAGAGGAGUUGAAGAAACGUGAGAUACCCAAGGAGGACAUUCCCGAGAUGUUAUUUGAUGACUUGCUCCGUUUCAAGGAUGUCCUGGAGACCGAUUGCAAGGUGUUCCUAGUGUUGUUCCUUGGACCAAGUGCUUAUAACUCUCAAGAUAUUGUUGAGGAGUAA